AUGGCCUCAAAACGACGGGCAGCUGCCGCAGCCUCUCCAGAUAUGAAGUUUCGUAGAACGAAACGCCGAAAGGUUUCCGACGAUGAUCUCAUGAUCACCGAAGAGUCCAGUCGUGCAUCGUCGCAUCUGGACUCGGAGCCACCAGAGAAAGCAGAUCAAACCCCGGAGUCGCAGGCCGAGUCCGAGUCAGAUUUUGAAGGCCAUAACCUUCAGACUGCACAGGACAAGAUUAUGUCCGAGUUGACCCGGCUCAAGGAUUCUGAUGGCCACCAGGUUUCUUACCCGUUCAUUGGGAAACCGGACCGGAAUCUGUACCGGGAUUACUAUGAAAUCAUUCAACAUCCUGUGUCCUUGCGAAGCAUCCAAAAGAGAGUUCGCGGUACCGACAGCAGGAAGAAUUUAUCCAAAACCACCGCAUAUCCAACUUGGCAGUCCUUUGAAGAGGAGGUCAGCUAUGUAUGGCGCAAUGCCAGAGAGUAUAACGAAGACGACAGUGAUAUAUCCAUUCUUGCGGGAGUUUUGGAGGUAAGCCUAUACCGCGAUGCUCUUGCUACCCGUCCCCUUCGGCAUGCUGACAUUGGAGGCCCAGGAUCACUUCCACCGCCGGGUUGCGAAAGCUAA